GUCACAUUCCACGCAUUCGGCCCUUGCAAUCUGACCUGAUUUCAGAUUAAAUUAGUGAAAAUUAAAUAAAAUAAAUUAAACAUGAACGUGGACCCGCGUCGCAAAGAUAAGAUUAACCGGUACAAGGCGCCCAAGAACCAAGGGCAAAGUGGCGGUGCCAACGAGGAUAUGAUGCCGGAUUACAUGAAUAUACUGGGCAUGAUUUUCUCAAUGUGUGGUCUGAUGAUGAAGCUGAAAUGGUGUGCCUGGUUUGCACUGUACUGCUCGUGCAUCAGUUUCGCCAGUUCCAGGGCCAGCGACGACGCCAAGCAAGUGCUCUCCUCCUUCAUGCUGAGUGUCAGCGCUGUGGUGAUGUCCUACCUCCAGAAUCCGGCUGCCAUGACCCCGCCCUGGGCUUCCUAGCAUUGAAUAUAAGUACUGAUUCCGAAACCUAUUCUAGUGUAGAUGAAGGUGUAAACUUUAUUGCGUUCCGAAAGGGAUUAAAGAGGGAUUAUAUGAA